AUCACAAUCUCCAACUCUCUCACACAGAUCAUCAUAAAAAUCAUCUGAAUCAAAGAGAGUUGCAGUAAAAAAGAAGAAGAAAAAUGGUGUUAGCGGAGCUAGGAGGGAGCAUAUCACGUGCUCUACAGCAGAUGAGCAAUGCAACAAUUAUAGAUGAAAAAGUUUUAACUGUUUGUUUGAAUGACAUCACUCGCGCUCUUCUUCAAUCUGAUGUCCAGUUUCUUCUCGUUAAAAAAAUGACUGAUAAUAUUAAAAAUAUCGUUAAUCUCGAGGAUCUUGCUGCUGGUCAUAAUAAACGUAAAAUCAUCCAACAGGCUAUAUUCAACGAGCUUUGCAAGAUGUUAGAUCCUGGAAAGCCAGCUUUCACGCCCAAGAAAAACAAACCAAGUGUUGUUAUGUUUGUCGGUCUACAAGGGUCCGGUAAAACAACCACCUGUACAAAAUACGCAUAUCAUCACCAGAAGAAGGGCUGGAAACCGGCUCUUGUUUGCGCAGAUACAUUCAGAGCUGGUGCUUUUGACCAGCUAAAACAAAAUGCAACUAAAGCCAAGAUUCCGUUCUAUGGAAGUUAUUUGGAGUCAGACCCUGUGAAGAUUGCAGUUGAAGGUGUUCAGAGGUUCAAGGAGGAGAAAUGUGAUCUGAUUAUUGUUGACACAAGUGGUCGGCAUAAACAAGAAGUUGCGCUCUUUGAAGAGAUGCGUCAAGUCGCUGAAGCAACGAAACCGGAUCUUGUUAUCUUUGUCAUGGAUAGCAGUAUUGGUCAAGCUGCAUUUGAUCAAGCUCAAGCGUUUAAGCAGAGUGUUGCUGUUGGAGCUGUCAUUGUUACUAAAAUGGACGGCCAUGCUAAGGGAGGUGGAGCUCUUAGUGCAGUUGCAGCAACAAAAAGCCCAGUCAUAUUCAUUGGAACUGGUGAACAUAUGGACGAGUUUGAAGUUUUUGAUGUUAAACCGUUUGUCAGUCGUCUUUUAGGUAUGGGUGACCUGUCUGGCUUCAUGGACAAAAUUCAGGAAGUCGUUCCUAUGGAUCAGCAGCCCGAGCUUCUUCAAAAGCUCCAAGAAGGGAAUUUCACUAUGCGGAUUAUGUAUGACCAAUUUCAGAACUUGCUCAAAAUGGGUCCUAUCAACCAGGUAUUCUCAAUGCUUCCAGGAUUUAGCUCAGAGUUGAUGCCCAAAGGCCGUGAAAAGGAAAGCCAAGCAAAGAUCAAACGAUACAUGACAAUGAUGGAUUCAAUGACUAAUGAAGAGUUGGAUAGCACCAACCCAAAACUCAUGAAUGAAUCCAGGAUCAUGCGGAUAGCCAGAGGUGCUGGUCGUCAAGUGAGGGAAGUCAUGGAAAUGUUUGAAGAAUAUAAACGACUCGCCAAGAUUUGGGGCAAAAUGAAGGGUCUUAAAAUCCCUAAAAAGGGAGACAUGAGCGCAUUAUCUAGAAACAUGAACGUACAACAGAUGAGUAAGGUCCUUCCUCCACAAAUGCUAAAGCAGAUUGGUGGCAUGGGCGGAUUACAAAGUUUAAUGAAACAAAUGGGUUCCAGCAAAGAUAUGAUGGGCAUGUUUGGUGGUGGUGACAAAUAGACCACCAAAGCGGCAGAUUAUAGACAUAUUAAACUUAGUUUUUUUUGGUUAUGCAUUGUUUUUGACAAGUUUUUUUUGGUUAUGCAUUGUUUUCGACAUUAUUGUCCAUUGUAAAGACCAGGAAUGUGUUCAUGAACAUGUAUAUGAUCAACCAAAAAUUUCUGUA